UUUCAUUUGUUCGCCGAAACCUCGUUGUGGUUAGCUCCGCGGAAGAAACUCGCCCAAAUUCAAAAGGAGGCUAAAAAUUAAAUUUGCGGGCAGGUUAUCGUACUCAAUGUUAGUCAACAAAAGAAGAAGCCUGUUGUUACAUUUGAACUAGUUGUCACUUAAACAUUUUUCUACAAGAAGUUACAGAUAAAAAAUCAAGAUGAAUUACCAGAAGGUAUAUAUGAAUCACAUACAUUCAAGCUCUCUGCUAUGCCAGUUAGCACAGAUGUGGAGAAGUCAGUUACUGUGUGAUGCAUUGAUUUGUACAGGAAAUGUAGUUACAAAGGCACACCGAGUUGUGCUUUUGGCAGCUUGUCCCAUGUUGCAGUCAAUGGAAAAUGCAUCAAUUGGAACCGAGUUGGAGGUUCGUCUAGCUGCUGAUAUUAAACAGGAAGCUGUAACCACAUUCUUGCAAUAUUUGUAUGAGGGAUUUAUGUUACUUACUGAAGAAAAUGUGAAACAUGUAGAAAAAGUAGCAAGAUUGCUUCAAGUAGACAGUGUGAUCAAAUGUUGCUCAGACUUCUUCAAGUGUCUCGAAAAAUCCACAGGAAAACAACACAAUGCUAAUUACAAAUUUGACAAAUAUGACUUACUUGAAUUCCGUCAUGUGCGAGCCACUGGCUUACAAAAAACUUAUCAGGAUAGACUAAUGAAAAGGAUGUCAGACGCUCCACGCCCAUCUAGUCCCACAGGAGGGAAACGUCAAAGAUUACAUCCUCGUCCUUCCUCCCCACCAACUGACUUCAUGUCUCAAAGAGCUGAUGAUGCUGCAUCAAUGACACAAAGUUAUAUGACAGGAAAUCCUACUGGGACAGGAAGUGCCCGAUCAGGUGCUUCAAGUCAGUCAAGUAGGUCAGGUUCACCGUCAGUUGUAGAAAUAAUCGAGGACAGUUUGGAAUUAAUUCAAAGAGAAAAAUCUGGCCCUGGGCUACCUGAACCAUCAAGGUUAGCCCAGCAAAAGACAUCAAUUUCUGUGGCAUCACAUGUUUCAAAUGCUAAAGACACUCGUGUGAUUAAUAUUGCAGAUGACAGUGGCGGGGGAAGGACUCGCGUAACAGACUCAUUUAGUGAUCGUGUUCAAAAUAUUCCAAGUUCACCACAGCAAUCAUCACAACCUCAAAUGCCAGUCUCGCCAAAGAUAUCAUUCCGAGAUACUCAUCCUCCUCAGAACAUUCAACAUCCAUCACCUACAUCAUUCAUCCAACGUACACCAAAUCAAAUGAGCUUUACCUCACAACCACCGCCUCCUCCAUUACAGCAAGCUGGAACAUUAAACAUUGCUCCAUUAUCACAAUCAUUCUCACAAGAUCGUUUCCAGCAACGUCAACAGGAACAACAAUCUAGUCAGUCUCGUCCACCACCAAUGUCCACUGACAUGUUUAUGGAAAGUGUUAAAACGUCACAAAGUUUCAUUACAAGUACUCCUCAACAACGAACCCAUCCAUCAUAUCCUCCCAUACCUGGUGCUAUUAAACCGUCAUUUGCUGUUGGAAGUGCUUCACAAGGUGGUGCACCUCCGCAAAGUCCAUCAUUCCAAAGUCAAUCAUCUAGUCAACAACAGGAAUCCACUGGAAUGGCGGACAAAGGUGAAAAAAGGGAGGCAGAAAGUUCAAGACCACAAGAAGGUCAUGAUCCAGGUCCAGAAGGAAAUGAUGAUAUUCCGGACUUGGCAAUUGUGAAAAUAGAAAAAGUGGGCGAGGAUGAAACAGGUGGACUUUUGUUACAAGUAGAUAGUGGGCAAGGUGAUGGUGCUCACCGGCACGGACAAUUAAGUAUGGAGGAGGAGCAGGAGUAUGACGAAAGUGACCUAACAGGCGAUUGGUCACAGGAAGAUAUAUCAAACGAAGGCAGCUUUCAAUCAUCGCAUAUGGACGAUCCGACCGGAGCUAUGUACAUGGGGCCAACAUCAGGGUUUGGCAGGUUCAAGCUCCCAGUGAGACCUCGUAGUCGUGACUAUAAACAGAGAAAUUAUAGUCCUGAGGCAUUAGAAAGGGCUGUUGAGGCUGUUAAAUCUGGAUUAUUGACUGCCAACAGGGCAGCAGUUUUAUAUGGUGUGCCACAGCGAACAGUUUAUAACAGGAUAGGCAAAUUCAAGAUGUCUGUCAAUCAGAAUAAUGAUUAUGUUUCCCACAUAGUACAGAAAGUGAUUUUUGAUGACAAGUGAAUAGUUCAAGUUUAGAAAUUGUUUACCUUACUAAAACAGAUGCAGAAACCUUCAAAUUUGGAAAUAACUGCUGCAUUUUUUAUUUUUUAUUGGCAUUAUCUACAUUGGCUUCAUUUGUUUCAAUAUGAAUUUUGAGAUCUGAAUGGUGAGCUUGAAAAUUGUCCAAUGAAAAAAAAUAAGACUUUGAAUGCAAUGAAAGUAAAAGUUCAAUAUUUUACAUUUAAUUUUUGAUUGAAGAAACUUUUGUGGGUUAUCUGGAAUUUUUUAAUUCUCUUUACCUUUUGCUUCAAAACCAUUCCAUAUUUAAGACUUGUGAUGUAUCAAAGAAGGUUCAGUCUUGUGGCUUUUGAUACUUAACCUUCAAUUUGUAAAGUGAUAGUUUACUGCAAGUUCUUGCUUAAUAUGUGACUAAAAACAUUUGGCAUCCUCUCAUUAAAGAUAAAUAAUAAAUUAUUACACUAUUACUACAGUUUCAGUAGUGUUUUGGUUUUCUUAGUAAAUAACUGUACAGUGAUCUGUUAUAAUGUGUUUUCUCACUUGAAUUGACAUUGAAUUAGUUGAACACAAAAGAUUUGUGACUUGAAUUGACAUUAGUUCAGAAUGUUGAAUUACUUAAUUGUGAAAAUGAAUUAUUAUUAUUAAUAUAUUUUUAUUAUAUAUGAAAUUGUGUACACUUAUUUUGCUGCAAUAAAGCAUAUAUUGUGAAA